AUGGAUUCCUUGAAAUGGGUGCUGCUUCAUGCCCAUAUAUGGUAUGCUAUCUGCGAUCUGUUAUACAGUAAACUCGUCGUUCCUUAUAUGUUCUUUCCAAUUGGUGGAGGAAUUCCUGCUGGUCUUUUGUCCGAGUGGAACAUCAAUGGCCUAAUUCAAAUGUACUGCGCUGCCACAGGACUCGUCGGAAUUAUUGGUCCCUUCAUUGUUUGUGUAAUGCCUAUAUUAUAUGUUGUCUCUUCAAUUAUGACAUCUUAUUAUAAUCAAGUACUCAAUAAUAUGGUUUAUGUGCUAAUCUCUCAUCAUGGAUUCCUCAAUACUAUUUUGAUGGUUGUUUUAUUCGCUCCUUAUCGGGAAUAUACAAAAUCGUUAAUAUGUAUCAAAAAGGAAAAAUGCGCUACUGUUUCAAUUCAUAUUGAAACGAAACAUGCUUUGAAACUUACAUAA